UAUAUUCUGCCUAUAUUCUGCCUACUAUACGGAUAUACGACUAGACUUAUCCUCAGGCACUUGCGGCCGUCCGCUUUACGAGCUCUGCUGAUAACGACGCCGAGUCCUCAGAUGAGAAGGUCUUCGGGUUAAUCACGGCGACCGCCAGCGCCAGCGCCAUGUUCCCAUGUUGCCAUGUUUUACUUAAACUUGGCAACAUACAGCGAUCAGGCCAUAGAGCCUCUCCCGCUCUUCUUUCCGUCCCUUUUUGCCUCUUCCCCCCCUUCUUCGACUUGCAUGUCUACUAGUCUCUGCUACGGCCUAGGACCCUAGACAGGAUGCAGUUCUUGGGUGAAUUGUUCCGGUGGGGACGUGAUCCCACAGUAGCGAAGGUGUCUACUGAUGAGGUCUACCCCCUCUAUUGGAUGGACCAACUCGCUGCAGGCCGCGAGAGUGUUUUGAGCGAGACGCUUCGGUAUAACCAAGUGCUAGAUCCCAAUAAACUCCACGAUGGCUUGACCAGCCUGAUCCAGCAUGGCGACUGGAGAAAAAUUGGAGGCCGUCUUCGACUUCGGCCUGACGGCACUGUCGAGGUCCACGUGCCGAGAGAGUUCACAAAGGACCGUCCUGCAGUCCAAUUCACUUCGAAAAACUAUGAUAUCCCCAUUGAGGACCACAAGAUCGGUAGCCAACUGCCAAAGCUAGGCAAGGGCCCCAGCUUACAACCAGGUCCGAAGUCCUUCGACCAAUUCAACCCUAUUGAAGAUGUGCCCGAGACAUUGAAGGACUACAUCCACUGCGACCGCCCCAUCCUUAGGCUACAUGUUACAUCUUUCACAAAUUCAACUCUUGUCACGCUCGUCUGGCCACAUGUAAUUGCUGGCGGUCUUGGUAUAAAGGAGAUCAUUGGAGCCUGGUCCAAAGCCCUCCACGGCGACGAGGAAAGGCCCGCUCUACUAGGCACUCAUGAAGAUAUUCUAAAAGAUGCUGGCGCCGGUGAGGAUGAGAAAAUUCCAUAUCAUCUUGAAGGGACCGAAAUCAAGGGCUGGGGCUUUAUCAAGCUCGUUAUCAACUUGAUAUGGAGCGUGUUCAUGCAUCCGACAGUUGAAUCUCGCUCCAUGUGUCUGCCUCGUGAAUUUGUAGCUCGACUGAGAGAAACCUGUCUGCAGGAGCUCCGUGAUAGUUAUGACGGACCCGACAAGCCUUUUCUCAGCGAGGGAGACGUCAUAGAAGCCUGGGGUUCGAGGUUCGUGGGCCAAGCGCGUGGCGGAGAGCGAUCGGGAUUGAUCAUAACCUCUCUUGAUGUCCAGAGUCGUCUGACCGCGCCCUGGCGCACCGACGGUGUAUACGUGCAGAACACAGCUGGCUGUGUGUUUACUUCUAUCCCCCCUGAAGACCUGCUGAGGAAACCUCUCGGCGAACUCGCCCAUUUCAUACGCAAGAGCAUCCACACAGCAGCCACGGACGAGCAAAUGCGUGCCCAGCUACGCAUCUUCAGAACACUCGGCCAUACGAAAAGCAUACCCCUCUACGGGGACCCCAACUGCCAUCUGAUGAGCUGCUCCAACUGGACCAAGUUCGGGAUCAUCAACGCCGCCGACUUCAGCCCAGCCGUCGUGCCGAACUCGCCAUCUCGGUCGGACGGUGUCGCGCCCGCCGGCAAGCCCGCCUACCUGCACUGCCAAGCCCUGGGCGAAAACAAGCUGCUCCGGAACUGCUUCAACGUCACGGGGAAGGACUGGGACGGCAACUACUGGAUCACGGUAUUCUUCUACCCCGAGGACUGGGCGAAGCUAGAGGCGUACAUGGAGGAAACGGUCCAACGCAUCAAAGACACCAAAAUGCCAUCCUAAACAUGUAAAUUUUCAAAAAUAGAAUAGGAAUUCUACUAGUUGUAUAUAGUGUGGUUAGUCGAUCAAGAGCUUUCCCCUGACAAUUUACAUAACAUUUUAGUAAUA